AACACAAACACAUCACAUCUCAUGAGUUAGCUAGCCAGGCCUGCUGUUUUUCUAUAGUCAACCGGCCACCCCUCAAACAAAGCCUCAAUCAUCUCCCUCCCCUACACACGAGCAAUCCACGCUGCGGAUCCGGCCAUCUUAUUAGUAGCACCUACGGCACAACGCAACAACGCACGCCUCUCCCAGCGCCCAAACACUCCGCUCGGUUGCUAGCUGCGCCGCUCCAUACAAACGCAGCUACACGCACAAGUACAGAAUCGCCCCCUCCUCUUCCGGGAGGCCGGCCGGCCGGCCAGCGAGCCCGCUCCUCCCCUCCCACCCAUCUCUGCCCUUAGCAUGGUGAGGGACACCGGCGGUGCCCUGCACCUACUGGCAGUGCUUCUCCUCCUCCUGGCGUCCGAGCUCGCCACCUUCAGCUGCGGCCACAGGAUCCCCAGGGCGGACGUCGCCGCUUGGAAGCGCGGAGCGACGCCGACGGGACGCACGGCGUCCACCACGACGACGACGGCUACUCGUGCCGGCGGCGCGGCGGCGGAUGCGGCGGCGGCGCUCGGCGACUCCAAGAGGCUGGUUCCGCAGGGGCCGAACCCGCUGCACAACUAGCGCCGCGCAGGUUCUUCCUCGCUCCCAUUUUUCUCGCGCGGAAGAACGCCGGCUAUCCAGUGAGCGACUGAGUAGUGUGCGCACGAUACAAUCACAUACGCAGUGAUGUAACUGUAAUUAGCUAGCCCAUUAGAUCGAGCUCCGGAGUUUGCGUCCAAAGAAAUAGUGUAAAUUACAUGUACGAUGUAUCUUCUUCCUCCAUGAUUUUCACUAGUACUUCUUUGGGGCAAAGAUCUGA